AUGCUUCCGAUCAUUGUAAUGGUUCCAAAAGGACAACCUCUUGGUCUGAAGCACAUUGAUUACUCAAUCCCUCCAUCAAACAAAUCUUACACUCGAAAAAGACAACUUCCUUUCUAUGAUUCUUCGGAUAUCGAAAUAGAUUUUGAUGAAGAAGAAGCAAAAAUCCUUGAAAAGGAACUUACUCCGCCACCUCCUCCACCAGAGAAGAAAAAAUCGCAUAGAUCUGAUAGUAGUUCUCGAAGUGUACGAUCUCAAAGUUCAAAACACUCUAAAAAAUCACUUGAAUCUGAAAGCCCAGCUCAAAAGCCAAAAUUAAUAUACGAUAGUAUGUCAGUUACAUCCGCAAAAACAGUUUCAAGUAGACAAUACAAUGGACCUUCUGUUUUCUCAUCUGACAAAACGCAUACAAAAGUAUAUAAGCAGCAAGUGGCAGAGGAUGUUGAAGAAGUAGCGUCUCUAAGAAAGAAACGCGCAAGUUCUGUUAAAAAUAUUCCAAUGACUUAUGAUCCAGAAUCAAAACCUGCGUCAUUAAGCGCUAAACUUAAUAGACUAAAAGAUAAAACAGCAGAAUCUGAAGCAGGACGUCGUCAUAAAAGUUCAAGUAAAAAUAAUCAACAGUUAGCAUCGAAAUCGCCUGAGAAAACUGAAAAUAAAGAUUCCUCUAAAAAUACGAAAUCAGAAGUACCAAAAAUGUCGAAUUUAAAUACUCAAGAUCCAAAUACUCAGGAAUAUGUUCCUGGAUCAGUCGCACCACUUAGGAGAAGAUCUAGGGCAUCUUCAGUUCGUUCAACUGCAUCUUCAAAGAAAAACGAUCAAAAUAGCGAAAUUCCUAAGGUAGAAUUUAAUACAAUACAACCAGAAGAACCUCCAGCAAGAAGAAAACGAUCAUCUAGUUCUACUUCCCGUAAAAAGACAGAAAAUCCACAAAAUAAUCAGGAAAAUACUAAUAUUAUUUCAAGAGAUAUUACUAUAGACUCCGAAAAAUCAAGUACACCCAGAUCAGCUCGUACAAAGAAGAUUAAAUCACCAGAAAAUGAUAAAAAAGCUGAAAUUCCAAAUGAUCAUCCAAUUUCAGAAAUUCCGCCAACUCAGAGGAGAAGAAGACGUUCUAGUUCCAUCAAACCAGAAAAUUCUAAAGAGCAGCAAAUGCCAGAAGUUCAAUCUGAAUCUCCUAAGAGAAAACAACAUUCCAAAGACUUGGCUGGCUCUCAGACUUCAUCGCCACAAAAUUCCCCUACUCGUAGAGUUAAAAAAGUCCUUAAACAACCAGAACCAGAAAUUAUUAAAACCGUUGAACCCGAGAAACCACAUAGAAAGCGCAAAGAUAACUCCCCUAUACAGACAAUUGACCCAGAUUAUGAACCAGAUAUUCCUAAAGUUAAUAUUAGAAGAUCUAGGAAUUCUAAGACAAAUGUCCCUCCACUGGAUGCAGCUCCUGUAGAAAAACCAUUAGUAAUUCAACCAAGAAAGCGCAGACGUUCAAGUACAACUUCAACUCAAGAAUUAUCUCAAAAUUCUCCAAAACCAGUUGAAGAAAAAUCACCAAAACAGGAGUCAACAGAACCAAAAUCACCCUCUAGUUCUCAUUCAAAGCGCUCCCUUAAGAAGAAACAAGUUAAUUCACCUGAUCAAGAGCAAAAACAAGAUUCUAAAGCAACCAAGUUGGAACUUGCUGCUCCAGAACAUCAGAUCAGUAUUCCUGUUACUCCUACACCUCCUCCAGAGUUAGAUGUUUCUCCUUCAACAACAAUUGUCGUUGUAACGAACAAGGAGGAUAAAAAAGAAAAGGUUCCUGCUCCAGAGUUAGCAACAAUGUCCACAAGCCCUGCUUUGCAAAAAUCUGUUGAAGAAUCUGAAGAGGAAGAAGAAACACCUUACGUAAACCCAUAUGAUGAGCUUUGUAAAGGUCCUAGACCAAGACGUAUCUCUGCUGAUGAUUUGUUCUUUGCAAUUCUUGACGACUCGGAUUAA